AUGCUGCCCCAGCAGCCAAAUCAGCAGACACAUGGUGAUGUCUCCCGUCAGACGCUGCUCUCCACCCUGGAUACCGUAGUCGACAGCCUCAUCCACAGCCGUCAGGCCCUUCGACUUCCCCCGCAUGCCCAUCGCACCAGUCGUGUACAGGUGGAGAUCGACGGACACGAGCGUAUCCUCGACGAGCACAUCCACUUCACGCAGCUCCCAUCUGAAGCGCCCGAUGACAAUCAUUUCCAUAUUCUUCGCCAUAUGCGAACCACCAAGCACGUCACCUCACGCUCAACCACCACCACUACACGCACGCACCACAACAAUGACGGCCGGAAGUCGGUGGCCCCGCCCCAGCAGCAGCAACAUCAGCAACAGGGUCAGCCGCCCCAGGCUACGAACGCUCCAAACGACGCGAGGAAUGCUAAGGCCGAUUCGCGGCGUAGCACGUCGGAGCACCAGCGUCUGCUGCUCACCCACGCCGAUCAGCAGCGUCUCCUCGAGAUGAUCAAGAAUGCGAUCGCGCCGUACUACCAGCGCCCCGCGGCUGCAGCUGCCGCGACGUCGACCGUCCCUCCCGCGAUGGCCCCAUCCCUUUCCGGUGGUCCGUCCCGAUUUGAGCGUGGACCGCAUGCUGAUGAGUGUCACGCCAAGCAGAUUCCCGUCCAGCCGGACCCGUCGUGCUUCUGCGGUGGACCGAAUCGUCCAUCGCCCGGUGCCGAUAUGCCAAAUUGGGAGACGGAAAAGGGAAGGGCCAAGGCUCGGGAUGCUCGAGUCCCUCGUCAGUACGAUCGCCAUGGGGCUGUCACCGCGUGGAACCGCUACUACGAGGUGGAGGCGAACGUGGCGAUCGCCGUGAAGAACCUGCUGAAGGCGCGCACCUGCAUGCGGAACGUUCACUUUGCCGUCGGCUCGCUGUUCCCCGCCUCGGCCACGUAUACGGACGACAUUGGGAAAAUGCAGCAGCAGCUGAAGGCGUUCAACACCCAGUUCCGCUACCUUAACACCAAGGUCAACGAGAAGCUCUCGGCUGGCCCUCGUCAAGCUGCCGCCCGUGCCGCUGGUGGUCCGCCCCGUCGUGCGAGUAUAACAAUUAGACCUUCCCGUUGUCGUCCCGCUACU